AUGCGCCAACACAACAUCGUGGUCGCUGCGGUCCAGGAGACAAAACUUACGAGUAAUUCCAGUCUGCAAAGUUCCAACGAAUACAACGUUCUCCGAAAAGACCGCACCAGAGGCAACGGUGGAGGCAUCGCAUUUAUUAUACACAACACCGUGCAGUAUAGAGCUCUUUCUCUCGAUCUGAAUUCUAGAGACCAAUAUCUUGAAGUUCAGGGUAUUGCGGUCAGAUCGGGAGAUUCGGAGUUGGAGCUCUAUAAUGUCUACAUUCCGCCAGUAGCCAGUUGUCCAACAGGCUACCAUCCCGACAUUAGGACCUUACUAGAUGGUGAUAUUCGUCUGGUCCUAUGGGAUUUUAACGCUCACCAUCAGCUCUGGCACUCAAGUCUUGGGGAAGACCAGAGAGGAGCGUCGCUGGCGGAACAGAUUGACGAAUCCACCUUCCGCACACUAAAUGAUGAUGCCCCCACACGGGUUAUGGGUAAUUGCGCAAGUUCGCCAGAUAUCACCAUAGCGAUUCCUGGUCUGAUUAACUGCACAACCUGGCGUGCAGUUAUUUCUCUAGGAUCAGACCAUUUACCCAUAAUCGUUUGUCUGGAUAGACCCAACGAUUUCAUCGUCUCUGAACGCCGAACUUACAUCAACCAAAAGAAAGCAGACUGGCACGGCUUCAGAGAAUUUACCAACCGCAUCUUCAAUGGUUUACCGAUUCCCUCCAACGUACACAAAGCAGAGAGGAAGUUUCGCGAAACCAUCGCCGCAGCAGCCGCUCGCUUUAUUCCAGCUGGAAGAAUAUCCGUAGUGCGAACAGAAGCAGCGGGACUCGCAGAUGAGCGUGAUGACAUCCGAAGUACCAACCCUGACGACCCUAGGAUCGCCCAGCUGAACCGCGAUAUCAGCAGGUUGGUAAAUGAGGACAAGCGAAACAAAUGGUUGGAUCAUUUGAAGAACUGCAACUUAAGUUCUGUAGUUGGCAAGUUGUGGUCCACAGUUCGGUCUCUCUCCAAUCCGACUAAAAAGGAUGAUAGGGUCUCGAUUAAGUUUGCAGAUACCACCAUAUCCGACGCUAAACGGUGCGCGCGCGCUUUUUGCCGACAAUUCAUUGAGCACCCCGAGAGAGACAAGGCGAAAAGAAGUAUUGUCCGCAAACUACACGAUCUUCCAGUCUCGGACACACAACAGCUUUACACGCUCCAACUGAAGUUGCAGAAGCCAUCAACACAGCUAAGCCUUCAAAGGCAAUAG